AUGGCGAGUGGAGGCAAUGGGACGGGUACGGCCGGUGGAGAUUCUCAAGCCACGAUAGCACAACGGACUUGGGAGCUGUCGAAUAAUAUCGAAACAAUUUCAGCAGUCGACGAAAUUUAUCACUAUGACCGGCAGCAACAGCAGGACAUUCUCACCACCAAGCCAUGGGAAAGAGAUCCGCAUUUCUUCAAAGACAUCAAAAUAUCAGCUCUGGCAUUGUUGAAAAUGGUAAUGCAUUCUCGGUCUGGAGGAACCUUGGAAGUUAUGGGACUACUUCUUGGAAAAGUUGAUGGUAACUCGAUGAUUGUGAUGGACUCAUUUGCUCUUCCAGUAGAAGGGACUGAAACUCGGGUGAACGCCCAAGCUCAAGCAUACGAGUACAUGACGGCUUAUAUUGAAGCUGCCAAGCAGGUUGGCCGAAUGGAGAAUGCAAUAGGAUGGUAUCAUUCACAUCCGGGUUAUGGAUGUUGGCUAUCUGGAAUUGAUGUUUCCACUCAGUUGUUGAAUCAAAGCUACCAGGAACCAUUUGUCGCCAUUGUGGUGGAUCCUACAAGAACUAUUUCUGCAGGGAAGGUGUGUCUUGGAGCAUUUAGGACAUAUCCUAAGGGCUACAAACCUCCAAGUGAGGAAGUGUCGGAGUAUCAGACCAUUCCAUUGAAUAAAAUUGAAGACUUUGGGGUCCACUGCAAGCAAUACUAUUCACUGGAUGUAACAUAUUUCAAGUCUUCUCUGGAUCGUAGACUUUUAGAUUCCUUGUGGAAUAAGUAUUGGGUUAACACUUUGAGCUCGACCAGCCUUCUCACGAAUGCAGAAUAUACUACGGGUCAAAUAUUCGACUUGUCUGAAAAAUUAGAACAGUCUGAAAAUUCCUUGGGACGGAGUGGUAUAAUUAUUGGAAGCGACCCUCAUGAGAAGAAAGGCGAAGAUAAAUUGGCGAAAGCAACGAAAGACUCGUGCAAAACAACCAUUGAAGUUAUUCAUGGACUGAUGACACAAAUUAUCAAAAGCCGGCUUUUCAACGAUGUUUCGUGUCAGAACAAUAGGAGCCCGGCUAGUGAGGCUAUCGAUGUUGUGAUGGAAAAUCCUUCUUAAAAAGUAAUUGAUGCAGAACAUACUGAUUUAUAAGCAUACAAUUAGUUAUUUUUAAUGCAUUUAAUCCAAACAGCCUGGGGUUAAUAUUUAUAUGCAUUGUUUAUACUUCAUACCACAUAAAUAAAUAAAAAUAUGUAAAAAUAUA